AUGGUGAACGUGCUAGGCGGGCGGAGCCUGGUGACCUAAGACGGCACGUGGGUGGAGGCCGAGGCGGCGCUGCAGAACAAGGUGGUGGCUCUGUACUUCUCCACGGGCCGGUGCGCGCCCAGCCGCGAUUUCACGCCGCUGAUCUGCGACUUCGACGCGGAGCUAGUGGACCAGGCGCGGCCCUCCGGGCCCUUCGAGGUGGUCUUCGUGUCCGCCGACGGCAGCGCUCAGGAGAUGCUGGACUUCAUGCGGGAGCUGCACGGCGCCUGGCUGGCGCUGCCCUUCCACGACCCCUACCGGCAUGAGCUGAGGACCAGGUACCACAUCAUGGCCAUCCCCAGGCUUGUGGUCGUGAAACCCGGGGACGUCAUCACUGACAAAGGGCGGAAGCAGAUCCGGAAGUGGGGGCUGGCCUGCUUCCAGAACUGGGUGGAGGCAGCUGACAUCUUCCAGAAUUUCUCCGGUUGA